CACGCCUUUAAUCCCAGCACUCGGGAGGCAGAGACAGGCGGAUCUCUGGUCACCCGCCCGCCGGAACGCCCGCGAGUUCUGGCUGCAACGGCUAGGGAACCGCCUGCCUCUGCGACCAUAGCGAAGCCCGCCAGGCCGAAGCCAAAUGGGACCAGGCGCCGGCACUCCCGCCGGCACCCGGGAACCAGCUCAUCCAAGAAUGAUGCAAACGGAGAGUUCCAGCAAUAGAAACAGGCAAAACCUCUUUGCCUACAAUGUCAAGCAAAACAUGUACAAUGAGGAGAAUUUCCAGCAGGAGCACAGGAGGAAGGUCCUCUCCUCUGGGAGCGUGGACAUCGACAUCACCACCUUCAAACACCAUGUCCAGUGCUGCUGCUCAUGGCACAAGUUCCUAAGAUGCAUGUUUACCAUCUUUCCCUUCCUAGAAUGGAUGUGUUUGUAUCGAUUCAAGGACUGGCUUCUUGGAGACUUACUUGCUGGUUUAAGCGUUGGCCUUGUUCAAGUUCCUCAAGGUCUGACACUUAGUUUGCUGACAAGGCAACUGAUUCCUCCUCUCAACGUCACUUACGCAGCCUUCUGUUCUUCAGUCAUUUAUGUAAUAUUUGGAUCAUGUCAUCAAAUGUCCAUUGGUCCCUUCUUCCUUGUGAGUGCUCUGAUGAUCAACGUCUUGAAGGAAAGACCAUUCAGCAAUGGUCACCUGAUCAUGGGAACUUUCGUCAAGGAUGACUUUUCACUCCCCACCUUCUAUGUAAACUAUAAUGGAUCCUUGAGCACCGUGGCAACCACCACUUUUCUGACUGGGAUUAUUCAGCUAUCAAUGGGCAUGCUAGGGAUGGGCUUCAUGGCCUCGUACCUUCCGGAGGCUGUGACCAGUGCUUACCUGGCUGCUGUGGCACUGCACAUCAUACUGGCUCAGAUGACAUGCAUCUUUGGGAUUAUGGUCAGUUUCCACUCUGGCCCCAUCUCCUUCUUCUACAACAUAAUUAACUACUGCAUGGCUCUCCCCAAAGCGAAUUCCACCAGCAUCCUGCUGUUCCUAAUAUCUGUCGUGGCUCUGAGAAUCAACAAGUGUAUCCGCAUUUCUUUCAACCGGUACCCCAUCGAGUUCCCCAUGGAGCUGUUUCUGAUUCUUGGCUUCACCAUACUCGCAAGCAAGAUAAGCAUGGCCACAGAGAACAGCAGAACGCUGAUUGACAUGAUUCCGUACAGCUUCGUGUUCCCCAACACACCAGAGUUCAGCAUUCUGACCAAAAUAAUUUUACAAGCCUUGUCCUUGUCUUUGGUGAGCUCCUUCCUGCUCAUAUUCCUGGGCAAGAAGAUUGCCAGCUUGCAUAACUACAGAGUCAAUUCCAACCAGGAUUUAAUAGCCAUCGGGCUUUGCAAUGUGGUCAGCUCCUUUUUCAGAUCCUGCGUGUUCACGGGUGCUGUUGCCAGGACUAUUAUCCAAGACAAAUCUGGAGGAAGACAACAGUUUGCAUCUCUGGUAGGCGCAGGUGUGAUGCUGCUCCUGAUGGUGAAAGUGGGCCACUUUUUCUAUGAUCUGCCUAAUGCUGUGCUGGCAGGGAUUGUCCUGAGCAAUGUGGUGCCCUACCUGGAGACCAUUUACAACUUACCCAGUCUGUGGAGGCAGGACCAGUAUGACUGUGUUGUUUGGAUGGUGACGUUCUCCUCAGCGAUUUUCCUGGGACUGGAUAUCGGACUGCUUAUUUCGUUAGUCUUUGCCUUCUUCAUCGCCACUGUUCGUUCACACAGAACGAAGAUCCUCCUCCUGGGUCAGAUCCCCAACACCAACAUUUACAGAAACAUCAAUGACUAUCGGGAGGUGGUGCUCAUCCCUGGGGUGAAGAUCUUUCAGUGUUGCAACUCCAUCACGUUUGUCAAUGUGUACAACCUAAAGCACAAGUUGUUAAAAGAGAUCAAUAUGGUAAGGGUGCCUCUUAAAGAAGAAGACAUCUUCACUCUGUUUAACGAUGAUAGUGGCAUCAACUUGAGAAAUAAAAUUUGUAGGUGUUUCUGUGACUGUGAAGAGCUGGAACCAGAGCCCAGGGUCAUCUACACAGAACGAUUUGAAAACAAACAGGAGCAUGACUCUUCGUCCAAAAGCCUGAUCCGCUGCUCCUACCUGGGCAGCAGGGACAUGAGCCAAAGCACCUAUGAGGAGCAAGCGCCUCACAUGGCGUCCUCCACAUCCCAGAGAAAUCAAGGCCAGAGCUACAAGGACACAAAGAAAUCCUGGCUGUCUAAUAACCCCUCGAGAAACGGCUCAGGUGCACCGGAAGCCGCAGAAAGCCUGGUGCAGAGCAAAUCUAUCAUCCUCCCGCACUCGGACUCAGGUGCCCAGACCAGCACCCACACCAUCAUUCUGGAUUUCUCCAUGGUGCACUAUGUGGAUUCUCGGGCUUUAGUUAUAUUAAGGCAGAUGUGCAACGCUUUCCACAAUGCCAACAUCCUGGUGCUCAUUGCUGGGUGUCACACCUCUGUGGUCAGGUCAUUUGAGAAAAAUGACUUCUUUGAUGAUGGCAUCACCAAGGCCCAGCUGUUCCUCAGACUCCAUGACGCCGUGCUGUUUGCCUUGUCAAGGAGAAUUUCUGAGGCCUCCGAGUUAAGCCUGGACGAAACAGAGACGGUGAUCCAGGAAACCUACUCAGACUCAGAAAAGAAUGGCACUCUGAGACAUAAAAAGAAUGCCGGCGUUGUAGAGGGCCCCCAGCACCUAAGUCCGAGCUUCGUCAAGGCUCAAGGGUCAGCAGAUGAGGUUUCGGACUUUGACCUGGAGCUGGAGCCCAUGCUGGAUUCUGACCAGGACGGGCUGGGUCUCAACCUGGACCUAGACCUGAACUUGGACAGCGAGUCAGAGCUGGAACCUGAAUCUGAGCUGAAGUCUGAGGUCCCUGCAGAGACUGAGCUGGAGCCAGACACAGAGCUUGAACCAGAUCCCCCAAGAGAGCCGGAGAUAGAUGAUGAGCCAGAGCCAGGGCACAGGCCGGAGCCUAGAUCCAGGAUGAGGGCUCACAGCCCUUGGCGGUCCUACAGGUCCACCUACCACUUUGCGACUGCAAGCUCCCAGUCUCAGACACGAUCACCAGAGAGGAGACCACCACACACUCAUUCAAACUCACCCCAGUGCACCAGCAACGAAGGCGCUCCUUGGGCGAGCUAG